AUGCAAAUUGAUUAUUUGCCUAACGUUCACAGUAGUGCGGUAUUCGCACGGGGCGAAACCAAAGUUCUUUCGGUAAUAACCAUCGGUAAAGUUAGUGAAAAACAGUUGGUUGAUAGCAUUUUCAAUCGCUCUUAUAAACAUUUUAUUCACCAUUAUAAUUUUCCGGGUUUUGCCGUCAAUGAAAUUGCUAGUUAUCGGGCGGUUUCGAGACGCGAAAUCGGACAUGGAGAAUUAGUAGAAAAGACUUUUGAUUUCUUAAUUCCGGCUCCCGCUUCAUUCCCCUACACGGUUCGGGCAGUCUCGGAAGUUCUUUCUUCAGAUGGUUCCUCUUCACAAGCCUCCAUUUGUGCCACUUCUUUGUCCUUGAUGACAGCCGGGGUGCCGCUAAUUAGACCGGCUGCCGGCAUCGCUUUGGGUCUCUUCGAAGGGCAGAUUUACAACGACAUUAACGGCCUAGAGGACAAAUUAGGUGAAAUGGACUUCAAAAUUGCCGGUACCGAAAAGGGCAUUUGCUCCAUUCAAUUGGAUGUCAAAAACCAAGGAAUUAGCCAGGAGUUAAUAAGGUCGAGUUUAGCCAAGGCCCGCCAAGCCCGAAUCUAUUUGUUGGACGAAAUGAAAAAGCAUAUUUAUCGCCCUCGCCCGCAUUUACCAACCCAAGUUAUUAAAUGUCUCCAAUUGCCAGUACCCAAAGAAAAAAUUGGUCUAAUUAUUGGACCUCGUGGCAAAACCAUUAAUCAAUUGACCGAGGAAACGGGUUCAACCAUUGAGGUUCAAGCGGACGGCUGCGUUCUUAUCUAUCACCAGGAAGAGGACCAGUUAGAAAAAACUUGCCAGGCAAUUAAAAAAAUAAUUAGAAAUGGUUAA